UUCACUCUCUCUCUCCUCAACUUCUCUCUUUAAAACGAAUAUUGAAGAUUUUUCACCGCUCAUCAAGCUCAGGCAUGGCGAGCUUUGACGAAGUCUCGAAGCUUCAAUUCAUCAAGCAACACCUCCUCGGAGAUCUCUCCCCCAUGAGCACCAAUUUCUCAUUUGGACAGCUACCUAAUUUUGCUCCGCAGAACCCUAAUUUCUUCGAAUUCAAUUCGGAUAUCGAAUCGAAACCUGAAAUUCUUGACCUACUAACACCAAAACCGUUCAAUUUGACCUCGCAGUCGAGCGAGAACUCGUUUGAAUUCGAAUCUAAGCCUGAAAUUGCCGAUUCGUUCGAAUUCGAGUCGAAGCCCCAGCGAUUACCUCCCAAACCCGGAUUCGACCCAAGCUCGCCGUCGAACCGGAAGCGGUCGCUAAAGAUCUCGCUGCCGGAGAAGACGCAGUGGAUUCAGUUUGAGGCGGCGACGAAUCCGGAGCCGGCAGUACAGGAACAACCGGCGGCGGCGGAGAAGGAGAAGAAGCAUUACCGAGGGGUUCGGCAACGGCCGUGGGGGAAAUUCGCGGCGGAGAUACGAGAUCCGACCCGGAAGGGAACUCGGGUGUGGCUUGGGACUUUUGACACCGCCAUUGACGCCGCCAAGGCUUACGACCGAGCCGCCUUCAGGCUUCGCGGCUCCAAAGCGAUCCUCAACUUCCCGUUGGAAGCCGGGAAGUCGACGUCGAUCGGAAACGGCGGCGACGGCGGCAAAACUGUUGAGAUGAAACGGCGUCGUGAGGAGGAGGAGGAGGAAGUGAAGACGGUUGUGGCGGUGAAGAAGGAGAAGUUGACGGAGAGUGACGAUGCUCUCAGUUACUUGAGGGAUAUGCCGUUGACGCCGUCGAACUGGACGGCCGUUUGGGACUCUGACGUUAAGGGAAUCUUUAGUGUUCCACCGUUGUCGCCUUUAUCUCCACUGCUUAUGGUUGUCUGAAGAAUUUCCGGAGAAAAAAACAAAAAUGAAAGUGUUUUCCCAUGUUGUUCUUAUAAAUGUAUAUAUGGCUGCCAAAUUCGUUUAUUUUCAGCAACGGAGAGAUUUUCUUUGAUUUGUUCAA